AUGAAGAUUGUGACGUCAAUCGCCUUACAAGCAUUUCUGGUUAUUUUGGCUUUCGCCACGACUGUGUUGAGAUGCUGGGUCCGCGUGAAGUUGGGUCGUCAUCGAAUCACGCUUCCUGAUUACCUAGUGAUUGUCGGUUGGUUUUGCACUGUAGGGUGGUUCGCAUGCUCUGUCACGGCUCUUCGCCUUGAACACGACCGUCCGCUGACAGGACCUGAACUCUUGUCAGACUCAGUGGAGUAUUUGACGCGCAGCCAAUAUCAAAUAACUGUAUUCGUGCUUCCGUUCUUUGUUCUACCCUCGUUGAAGCUACGCGGUCGUCAAAAGCUCGCUCUCUGCGGAAUCUUCUCUCUCGGCCUCAUCACAAUCAUCAUUAGCCUGACACGCUUCAUCAAAGUCGCGUUCCCUCAAGGCGACAACUUCAUCGAUGACGCGUCUGGCAACUUGUGGUGUACUGCUGAGAUGUGCACGGCAACCAUCGUCGUUUCCCUGCCAAUGCUCAAACCUCUUCUCAUGCGCAUCACUCCUCUAAAUACUUCAGACCGCAGCAACAGCGCUUACAAGAAUGCCGAUUCGAGGAAGUCUAAUGGCCUCCCUGGGGCGGCGCGAUCAUAUGGUCAAGCCAGGCUCAUCUGGCGACGACGAAGUAGAGUUGGUGCUUCGAGAACUCAGGGAAUCUCGGAAAUCGAGCCUCAGCCAAGCGCGGACCGCAAGUGCAUCAGACAUACAGGACUCCAAGGAUGGCGUAAGAGUCACCACAAACUUCGGCAUCACAAGAGAUGUCUUACGAGUAGCUUCUGA